GUUCAACAUGUCUCCCUGGCAGACUCCUCUCUGUCAUUAGAAGCGCCUGGAAUUUUCGUGAAACUACUGCGUUUUGUUAGCACAAAGCUAGCGGGCCGUUGUCAGCCAGGACCCAGAAAAGCAGCAUCAUCAUCAAUGGUGUGUCUACAUCCCGGAGCCGUCACAUUUUCCUGUGUCCGCUCAAUGAACUAUCUCCUCAGCUCUCAGCACAGCUGCACAUGUAUGGCGUUUGCGAGGCUUGGAGGGGAGUUUUGCAAAGCCCAGCACCUGCUGCUUAUUGUGGACAAGUGAACAGGAGACACCAGCUAGGCACAAACACUGCCAUUCACAUUCACAGGUCCUUACUGCCAUCCUGUUCAACCCAUAUGAAGACAAGCCAACCUUCAGUCUGUGACCUGUCCUGGGGAGAAGGGGAGGCAUUGGUUUUAGCCCAGGAGUUUCCUCUCUGCUCUCUUCCUUUCCUGCUUUUCCUUUCUUCUUCUGCUCUCAUUUGUACAAGUCGUCUCUGAAUGGGCUAACAGAUUUGAAAGAAAGGAUAGACAGAUAUUUUUUCCUGUCUUCAGUUUUUUUCCACUCUUCAGGACUUUAGGUGUCUUCUCUCCACACUUUUUGAUUUCAAGUCUGCUAGAUUUGAAGUUUUUUUUAAUUAACAAGCCAAUUUAAAUUUUUGUCUGUUAUUGCCAAGAAAAGUUUCUCCCCUUGAAUUGUUUGUUUUUGUUUAGGAGUUUUGUCAAAACAAGAGAAUAUUUUAAAUUUUGCACCCAUAGACGAUACUGACACAUUAGUAAAAUUCUGUGUAAUUUGUAUUUCUUUCAGUAGAAACAUUAUUUUUUACUUUUUUAAACACUCGGAAGGGUUUUGCUUGAAGACCUUGUCUGUUCCUCCAUUCUUUGAUGCACAGUACUUUUCAGACCUUUAUUGUUUAUUAACAAAACUUUUGUGGGUCUAAAAAUGAACCGACCGGCGCCAGUGGAGAUCUCCUAUGAUUGUCUGAGAUUCCUCAUCACGCACAAUCCCACCAAUGCACAACUGGGAAGGUUUAUAGAGGAUCUAAAGGCAUUCGGAGUAAACACCCUGGUGAGAGUGUGUGCUGCUACAUACGACAAGACACCGGUGGAACAAGAAGGCAUACAAGUCCUGGACUGGCCGUUUGAUGAUGGCUGCCCCCCUGACCAGGUGGUUGAUGAUUGGCUGUCCCUGCUGCAGGCAAAGUUUAGAGAGGAGCCCGGCUCCUGUGUGGCUGUGCACUGUGUUGCUGGAUUGGGAAGAGCUCCUGUGUUGGUGGCCCUGGCUCUAAUUGAGUGUGGGAUGGAAUAUGAAGAUGCAGUGCACUUAAUAAGACAGAAGCGUCGUGGAGCAUUGAAUGCCAAGCAGCUGCAUUACCUGGAGAGCUACAAGCCUAAACUGUGUCUGCGCUCCAAAGAUGCCAACGGACAGAGCUGCUGUAUACAGUAGGAAUCUAAAGAAAACGGAGGUGUUAGAAGUUUAAAUUUCUGUUCCUUGCUUUGUAACUUCACCUGCACAUGUAGCAAAAGCCCACAAAUAUUAAAGUCAAGCAGAAAGAAUUAAAAGUUUGUUUGUCUGUCCAAAUUAAAAACAUUUAUUCCCAUUUUUUUCUGCCAGUUCACUGUUGGAGGUGCAGAUUCAAGUGAUGCUGUUGUUCUGAUUUAAAAUUCUAACUUUGGGAUCAGACUUUAUGAAUAAUUCAGCGUCUGUCGGCCUGACAAUGUGUUUGACAGUUGAUUCAUCUUUUUAUAUAGUCUGCAGCUUGAUAUUUGUCCUAAGCUACAACACAGAAAAUUCUGAAUAAAUAGUUGGCAGCACAGUAUGAGCGUUCUGAGGCUGGCGGGUUUGUUGUACAUCAAUCCACACAGCGGCUGGGAACUGGUUUAUUUAUUUAUCUGAAUCUAUCCUCACUGACUAAAUCAAUGUCAUGCAGACAGAAUGAUGCACACAUGACUGAGAAUUCACAUAAAAUAUACAAUAUUUAAUAAAUGUGCUUAAAGAAGAUUAAAAGAUUUGAAGGAGUGUGUCGUCAGUUUGAUGCAAAUGUGAGAUGAUGUAUUAAACAAGUGCAAUCUAUCUGCAUAUUGUAUGUCCCAGAUCAGACUCAUAAGCGUCUGCUUGUCUAGAACAAACUCACGUUGGCUAUAAAUGUUUGGCACUGACCUUCAUUAUAUCACCAAAUCAAGUAGACCAACAUGUAAAAGAUCAGUUGGUGAAUGUAUUGAUAAAGGAACACUUAGAGGUAUUGAUAGAUUGUUCUAUUGGCUGUCAUGUCUUAAGAACACAAAGUCAUCCUUAUAUCCUUAGUGGUUCUGUACUUUGUGCUUCCAUUCAGUGUGUGAAAUACCAUGUGACAUGUUGGCCACUGGAUUCAUGUCGUGAUACAAGAACAGAUCCUGCUGUGUUUUUUGUUUUACUAUUUCUUUGUUUCUUAGUACAAGGACACUUAAAAAAAAAAACUUUGCCCAAAUUGAAUUAAAGAAUUUUACCUGUAUUUAAAUUUGGUGCACAGUUUUUUUUGGCCGUUUUAAUUAUGCAGAAAAGCAACACAGAGAUUAAAUGCAUUUAUUAUCACAUAUAUACCCAUUGCAGAAAAUUUAAUUGUUGUUUCAUAAGACAACAAAAAACACGUGUUGCAAUGUUACAUCAUCAACCUGUAGUAUUUUAAUGUUUCUGCACAUGUGUCAACAGGUAUUGGUUUUCUCUAUUUUGCACCUUGCAUCAUAAUUUGUUUGCUGUUUGGGCCAGCUGCCAGCCUGACUAUGGACUUUUCACAGCUAAUAGACGGUGUAUAACCUUAAGACGAUACAGACUGGAGAGACCUUGGUUCAGUUGACUGGGCUAGCAUCUCUCCAAGCGCCCAUGAAGUUGUAAAAUGUUGGCCAGCUUUAACAAUACGGAAUCAGGCUCCUCAGAAGGUGGCCAAUGUUUUGCCACAAAUAAAAGAGAAGAUUUGUUGACCUGUUGCACUGAUUUUACAGAGGGUUGUUUUGCCUUCGCUGAUCCAUUUCCACGGAUAAUAAGCAAACCUUGUUCUUGUCCUUUUUUAAAUAGCUGCCUAGCAUCUGGCUUCUCAUUUUAUCCAUUCUCAGAAAGUAGCAAACAUUCACUUUUCCCGCAGCCUAACCAGCCUAAGUUUCCUCUUUUGACAUCAGACAUCAGAUCAGGUAUUAUUUGUUUUUAUAUUCAGCCUUGUGGGAAGUCACUACCACACCACAGACACGUUCAGCUGGAUACCCUGUAAAUCAAACUUGUAGGCUCAUUGGAUUCCAUUCAAAUGCUAUGAUUACAAUAAUAUAUUAUUAUUCACUGCCAUAAGGAGCAGCACAGAAAAUGUCAACAACACUGAAUGGGCACUUACAAAAUAUCAUAGUGGUGUGAGAUCUCUUCUCUCAAUGAGGAAGCCCAAAACCUUCGUAAUUUGCACACUCCUUCGUCUUCUUCAUACCCAAUGAUGAGCAAGAAUAUCUGAUUCAAUGGCAGCAUAGAGUAUUUGAUGUUAAUCGUCCUGCUGACUCUUAAGCAUAGAUUAUAUUGAGUGCUAAUCUGCAUUAUGACAGUCCAGCCUACACUGUUACAUGAUAGUAAGUCCAUGCAAACACAUGAGCAUUUACUAUUAGGGGCAAGCUAGCAUUUAAGUAAGAAAAGCAGGGAGAGUGACCUUUUACGAUAAUCUUGGUACCCCAGGUGUCGUCACCAGUCAAUAGGACAAUCUCUCAAAUACUUUGUGUGUUCCUGUCAAAACAACCACAUAACAAGACUGUGGAGCCAACAUGGCUGCCACUGUAACCUUAGUGGCCAUAGUUCUCAUCUAUCUUCGGCUCUAGUUCUUCGGUCAGCUGCUGUGUUCGUAAGAUGCUCUUGGUCUUUGUGAUGUUAUUAUUUUUAUAUAGUUUUUCAUUUCUUUCCCUUGUACCUUGUACCUGUUUGUACCUGUUAUUUAUUUAUUGAUUUUAAUGUGUUUCUUUGUGAAAAGUCCGUCUGAUGGAGAAAAAAAAAAUCUAUUAGUCUUCUUGGAAAAUUAAAGUGUUUAGUAAUGUAACUGUCA